CUGGCUUUUAGCUCGUUAGCAGUAGCACAAAUUCACGAACUAACGUUAGUUAGCUAGCUAACCGUGUGACUGACUGUUCGUCAUAUCGAAGUGGGACACUAAAAUUAACUGAAGGCAUGAAUCAUUACUUGUGGCGUAUAUAACCAUACCAUACAACCCGUGAAACCGGAGAGCUUUCCAAAUAAAAUACACGUUGAUGUGGGAGUGAAUAAAAUCUAUUUAGUUUGCAAGACACUCACAACUAGCUAGCUAUACCCUCGGCAGCCUAGGACAACUUUGAAAGAGCCUCUUGUUCCAGACUAAGGCUGAAAAUGACCCUUCUGAAUGGAAUCGAGCUCCCUGCUAAGAAGUGUUCCCAGUUAGCUGGCAGCAGGAACAGUUUGAGAUGGGAUCUCACUCCUGAUCAGAUGAAGGCCCAAACAGAGAAGCUGAUUCAGAGAGUGAAGCAGACCUAUGACAGCAUUGGAGCUCUGGAAUUGGAGAAGGUCUCUUAUGAAAACACAUUGAAAGCCCUGGCAUAUGCGAAACUGGAAUACACUGCGUUCAGGCACAUGUUGGACUUCCCUCAAUACGUCUCCCCCUGCAAAGAAGUACGCUCCGCAAGCACCGAUGCGGACAAAAAGCUGUCUGAGUUUGACGUGGAGAUGAGCAUGAGGGCCGAUAUCUUUCACAGGGUCAUCGCCUUGCAGGAGAGGCAGCUGAAGGACUUGAAGCCUGAGGCCAAACGGUUUCUGGAGCGAUACAUCAAGCUGGGGAGGAGAAAUGGACUGCACUUGUCGAAAGACAUACAGGAGGAGAUCAAAUCAACUCGCAAGCUGAUAAGUGAACUUUCAAUUGACUUCAACAAAAAUGUGAAUGAGGAAAACACUUUCCUCCUCUUCAGUGAGGAAGAACUCGGCGGUCUGGCGGAGAGCUACAUGAACGGUCUGGAGCGGGUGGAGGAGGGCCGGUACAAAGUGACCCUGGAGUACCCCCAUUACUACCCCCUGAUGAAGAGGUGCCAUGUCCAGGAGACCAGGAGGAAGAUGGAGGCAGCCUUCCAGAGCAGGUGCAAAGAGGUGAACACCUCCAUACUGGAGCGCUUGAUAACACUGCGGGCGAAGGUGGCCAAUCUGCUGGGCUUCCGCAGUCACGCCGACUACGUGCUGGAGAUGAACAUGGCCAAGAACGCAUCUGACGUGGCGCAAUUUCUUGAUAAGUUCUACGAGAAGCUGAAGCCAGUGGGCGAGCAAGAGAGGCGGUACGUCCUGCACCUGAAGAAGAAGGAGUGUAAGAGGCGGGGCUACGAGUUUGACGGGCAGAUACACGCCUGGGACGUGCCGUACUACAUGAACCAGGUGGAGCAGGUGAAGUUUGCGGUGGACAAGGACAAGCUGAUCGAGUACUUCCCCCUGGAGGUGGUGACAGAGGGGCUGCUCAGCAUCUACCAGGACCUGCUGGGCCUCACCUUCCACAAGGUCGACCAGGCCCACGUCUGGCACCCCAGCGUCAGCCUGUACUCCGCGCAGGACGCCGCGUCAGGGGAGGAGAUCGGCCACUUCUAUCUGGACCUGCAUCCCAGGGAGGGGAAGUAUGGCCACGCGGCCUGCUUCGGACUGCAGCCGUCCUGCCUGGGUCCUGAUGGGAAGCGUGUGCUGCCCGUGGCGGCCAUGGUGGCCAACUUCACCAAGCCCACGGCCAGCUGGCCCUCGCUGCUGCAGCACCACGAAGUGGAGACCUUCUUCCACGAGUUUGGCCACGUCAUGCACGAGAUCUGCUCCAGGACUAAGUUUGUGGAGUUCAGUGGGACUCUGGUGGAGACGGACUUUGUGGAGGUGCCGUCCCAGAUGCUGGAGAACUGGGUCUGGGAGAAGGAGCCCCUGCGCAGAAUGUCCCGGCACUACAAGGAUGGGAGCCCCAUCCCGGACGACCUGCUAGACAAUCUCAUCGCCUCCAGAGUGGCCAACACAGGCCUGAUGAACCUGCGUCAGGUUGUGCUCAGUAAAGUGGACCAAGCUCUCCACACCAAGUCCAGUGCUAACACAGCGGACGAGUUUGCCAAACACUCCAGAGACAUCCUGGGAAUCUCUGCUACUCCAGGCACAAACAUGAUGGCAAGCUUCAGCCACCUGGCCGGUGGAUACGAUGGGCAGUACUACAGCUACCUGUGGAGCGAGGUGUUCUCCAUGGACAUCUUCUUCAGUAGAUUCCGGAAGGAGGGAAUCAUGAACCCGAAGGUGGGAAUGGAAUACCGGAAGGUGAUCCUGGAGGUGGGGGGGUCAGUGGAUGGAGCAGACAUGCUGAAGAGCUUCCUGGGUCGUGAGCCGUGCCAGGAUGCCUUCUUCCAGUGCAAAGGCUUGGUCCAGUCAGAAAGCACCAUCAACUCCCACUGACCGGGACCACCCUCCUCUGUUGCCCACUGACUGACCGACCACUCAAAAACUUAAUAAAUAAUGCUACUUAUUUAUAAUAUUUAUAUUUAUUAUGUUUGUUGUACAUUUGUUUGGUUAUUACCGUGGAAUCUUUUGAAAUGCGGAAAUUACUGUCAUAUUUUGUUACAGUGGAUGGUUAGUUUUCCACAACGUGGGUUUCAUGGGUUCCACAACACUGACUUUCUUGUAAAGGGUCAGGGUGUUUGGAUUUCCUCCACAAAUGAAACCUUAGACCCCACCUGGCCUGGAGACUAGUAUGACAUGUCCCUUAUCACUUGGUGAUACAGAAAUGAAAUAGACAUUGUUUUACAGUUGAGUUUCAGGUCCUGCAAGCUUUGGCCUCCCAGUUCAAAAGUCCAAAUAAUUGUCUGAUUUGUCCUUGUCUGACUUCGGCACUUUGAGGAUGCUAAACAUAGGUAUUUUAACCAAGGUAAAGUUUUUGGUUACGAAGGACAAACUAAGUGGAUGUCCCUGACUAAGAGGAUUGAUUAAUUAUUGGUCUCUGCAACCUAAUGCUUUCCCUUGGUCUAUUAUUUACAUUCUUUGUACCAACAGCUGAAAGUUUAGCUCUUAACACUUUGUUCGGUGGGGGGGUUAGUAUUGUAAUUCGAGAAAAUAUUAAAUGGGCAUGGGAAGGUGGUAUCUUAAGGAUGCUUACAGUGUUUUGUUCAAGCUGUACAUUGUCCUAUGACCUGUAACUGCCAAAGGCCAUUUGUACAUGAUGAUGUGUACUAAUUUCCUCAUGUCUGUUAUGAAGAAAAUAGUUUGAACUCAUGGACUUUUGAAUUGCUGCACAUGGUUGCCUCGCUGUCAUUGUGUCAUUUAUGCACUAGGUGGAGCCAUUUGUCACUUGUUGAAUAAAGCCAUUCAGUUAA